CAGGGGUCCUGCGUCAGGCACCCCCAGAAGCCAGAGGUCCCGCGGGCCACUGCCCACUUGUGGGGUGCUUGGAGAGGAGAGAGGGGAUCCACGGUGAUGGGACAGGACAGGGACAUUCGGGGGAACCCCGAGAGGUGGUGAGUGGCCAGUCCCGGCUGGCAUUCCAGGGCAGGGGACCCCUCAGCACCGUGUCUCUGCGGAGGUCCCUGAACCUAGGGCAGGAGGGGGCACCCCGAGGUUUCGACGGGAGACACAAAGUUCUACUGACAUGAGUGCCCGUGCCACGCGCCCCCGAAGUCGCCGAGGGAGGCACCUGCCCCCCGCAGAGCUGGACACGCUGGUGGAGAGUUCAGAGGAGACGGAGGUGGCCGGCCCGGUCCAGACGACAAAUGGGGGUGCAGACACCGAACACCCCAUGGGGCAGUGCCCCCAAAGCAGGUGCCAAUCCCCCAUUACCCACUUCCCUCCUGCUUCCUGCCUGAACUCCUGCUCCCCCAACACCCGCCCUGCAGAGGGUAUAUUUCCAGAACCUUCCAUCUCCCACUGCUUCCCCAGUUUCUCCCCAGGAGCGGACCAGGACAGGGGUGAGGUACCCCAGACAUCGGCAGAGGGGGAGGCGGCCAGCCAGGGCCCCCAGACGGAGGACCUGCGCCCGGCGGGCGAGUUUGAGAGGCUCCAGAGGGUCCUGUGCUCCCUGGAGGAAACGGCCAGGGCCUGGCGCUUCCCGGCCCAGCCGGAGUCCAGACAGGAGGACAGCGGCAGGGGAGGCAGCGGCGGGUCAGGGACAAGCAGCACCGGCCUGGAGCUGGAGACGGGCGCGGAGUACUGGCCGCGAGAAGCCGAGGGGCUGGCAGAGAGGAACGAUUGUCUGCGCCUGGCGCUAGGCAGCAGGGACGCGGAGCUGAGCCGUCUGCAGGCCGAGAAGGAGGCGCUGGAGAGGGAGGUCCAGGAGCUGCAGAAUUCGUUGCUGAGCCUGGAGCCUUCCCAGCACCCUCCUCAUGGCCACACACCUCGCUCUGGCAGUGGUUCCAGCAGCCCCGGGGUGGAACUGGGUGGGGCACAGGACCCCUUGCCUCUCGCCCACCCCUUGCUCCGGCGCCUCCGCAGCGACCCCAGCUCCCAGCUGUUGGGUCCUCGAGCCACCAAACCCAGCACCCCAGAACCCCGCGCCAUGGAGAUGCAGUUGGAGCAGCUGCAAGGCACCUUGGAGAUGCUCAAGAGCUUCAACCGCCUGUUGUCGGCCGCGCUGCAGGGCUCCAAGGGCCGCUGCGAAGAUCUCAGCUUGCGUCUGGGCCAGCGGGAGGCCGAGGCCACGGCUCUGGGUCUGGCCUUACAGUGUAGCGAGGCCUGCGAGGGAGCCUAUGGUGCACUGCUCACCCUGGGGGCGUCGCUGGAGGGCAGCCAGGUGGAGGCGGUUGAGCGAGAAGCGCAGAGGCUGCAGGCCCAGGAAGAGGCAACACUGGGCAAGGAGAUGCUGCAGGUCGCAAUGCCCAGCCCCCAGGGCAGCAGCGUGGACAAGCCCUCGGCCCAGGAAGUGGUCGCGCGUCUGUGGGGCUGUAUCCAGCGCCUCCAAGAGCAGAGGGUGCUCCUGAAAGUCCCUGCGGAUCCCAGCCCGGCCCUGCUGCCCGCUGCGCCCACUGUGCCCCCGGCAGAAGCCAUGGUGCAGGUCCUGCUGAACACCCAGCCUGGCCCAGCUCUGCCCCGGCUGGACAAGAGACAGAUCCAGCAGGACCUGGCAGCCACCCGGGAGACCCUGGUGGACCUGGUGUUGCGGCUGCGGCUGGCGAGGCAGGAGAAGCGCGGCCUGGAGCUGCGGGAGGCGGCGCUGAGGGCCCAGGGCCCGGCGCUCAGGCUGCUGCAGGACCAGCUGCGGGGGGAGCUGACGCUGCUCCGCACAGGCCAGGCAGGCAGCAGUGGAGCGGGAAGCACUGGCGAAGAAGAGGAUGAAGAGGAGGAUGAAGAUGAUGAGCACCGUCCUGCCAUCCCCAGGGUCAGCCAGGGCCUCGACAGCAGCCAGGUGCGGCAGGAGCGGGACCCCGAGGAGUUGGCCCAGCAACUGGCAGCGUCCCUCAGACGGACGCUGGAUCUGCAGGAGCAGCUGCGGGCUCGGCGGGAGGAGCUGGAGCAGGCCGCGCGGAAAGGCUGCGCCAGGCGCCUGCAGAGCGCAGAGCUGAACCGGGACUUGUGCAGGGCGCACAGCUCCCUGGUCCUGGCCUUGCGCGGUGCCCACCGGAAGCAGGAGGAGCAGCGGCGCAAGAUGGAGCAGCAGGCCGCCCUGAUGGAGGCGAGGCAGGCCAAGGAGCUGGCGGAGCUGGAAGCCGUGGCUCGGGCUCUGGGCAGGCCCCGGCCGCCCCCGCUUCCCCCACGGCCCCCACGGCCCCCACGGCCUCCAAGGCCAGGGGAGACCUUUCUGUGAGCCCCCACGGGUCUGGGCUGCCUCCUGCCUGGCCUGGCCGAGCCAUAAAGGCC